AAGUGUUCAAGUACACCGUCAAAGGUACGACGUCCGUGUUGACGUCGUCUGUACCCAUGGAGAAGCACAAACCCCCGCCGCUUAACUGCUUCGAGGAGAAAAGGGAUUUGAGUAAAGUGGAACGUGGACUUUUUCACAAGAAACGAUUCUGCGAAAAUAUAUCCCCUCCAACGCCGAGCCAGAUUCGAGCCCUCGAGGACAGCUUACGUAACCUGGACGGUAUCAACAGCCCGUCGGGUCUGGGCAAAACAACUUCAGUAGUGUUCUCACUCAAGAAUCAGAUUGGAAAUCUUGUCAGCGCUCUUAAAAUAUUCCAGGAAUACAAAUGUAACGUGGUGCACAUCGAGUCGCGCAAGUCACGACGCCGGGACUCCGAGUACGACAUCUACGUGGACCUCGAGAGCGACAACAUGCGCCUGGAGGAGCUCGUCAACCGACUCAAGAAGGCCGUCGCCAACAUCACCUUCAGCGAGCUCAACAUCCCCAUGUCGCCGCCAUCCAACGUCUGCGAGGAGGCAUGUGACAUGGAGAUGGUCCCCUGGUUCCCGAGGAAGAUCUGCGACCUUGACAAGUCGGCCCACAACGUGCUCAUGUACGGAAUCGAGCUGGAUGCUGAUCACCCGGGCUUCAAAGACAAGGUUUAUCGAGAGAGACGUAUACUGUUUGCAGACUUAGCUGCCGAAUAUAAUCAUGGCAACAUCAUCCCACGCGUUGAAUAUACUCAAGAAGAAAUAGAAACUUGGGGUAUUGUGUUCACUGAACUAAUGAAGCUAUAUCCAACACAUGCUUGCAGAGAAUACCUGGCUAAUCUUCCACUGUUGGUUGAACAUUGUGGAUAUAGGGAAGAUAACAUUCCACAGUUAGAAGACGUAAACAGAUUCCUACAAGCACGGACGGGAUUCCAAGUCAGACCUGUGGCUGGUUAUUUGUCAUCACGUGACUUUUUGGCUGGCCUCGCUUUCAGAAUGUUCCACUGUACACAGUACAUCCGACACAGAUCCGACCCGUUCUACACCCCAGAGCCCGAUGCUUGUCAUGAGCUGUUGGGACACAUGCCAUUGUUAGCAGACGUCAGUUUCGCCCAGUUUUCCCAAGAGAUUGGACUUGCGUCAUUAGGGGCAUCUGAUGAAGAAGUGUCGAAACUGGCCACGUGUUAUUUCUUCACAGUAGAGUUUGGUCUCUGUAAGCAGGAUGGUCAGUUGAGAGCGUACGGCGCAGGACUUUUGUCUUCAAUAGGCGAAUUAAAGCAUGCACUCACUGAUAAGGCAACGAAAAUUGCGUUUGAGCCAAUCAGAACAAGCAAACAGGAGUGUCUUAUCACGACUUUCCAAGAUGUCUACUUCUAUACCGACAGCUUCGAGGAUGCAAAGGAAAGAAUGAGGCAAUUCGCAAGUACCAUAAAGAGGCCAUUCGCCGUGAGGUACAACCCCUACACGCAAAGUGUGGAGUGUUUAAACAACACACGCUGUAUAGCGACUGCUGUCAGUGAACUCAAGGGCGACCUCUGUAUAGUCAGUGACGCACUGAGGAGACUGCAAAUGAACGAAGACUUUGUAACCACUGAUGACGGAGAGAAAAAGAAAGAAACUGAAAUUUGAUUGGCUAACGACAAAUCAUGGCGGAAAGAAAGUGAAAUUUUGAUUGACUAAAGACUUUGUAGGCAUUAGAAUGACUACGUUUUUGGACUAUCGUUUGUGUUUUGCUGUUGGGUUUAAAAAUCGACUUUAUGGCAUUUUUAUUUUGUAUCGUAUACAUGUAGGUGCUACAAAACGAUUAAGAUCAGCCGGAUUGGAGUUGGUGAUGCCAAACUAUUAUUGUAUUAAUACAUGUAGUGAUAUGGAAUUUGUGCUAUUUAUUUGUCUUUAGAUAUUGUUUCACACACACACACACACACACACACACACACACAGACACACACACAGAUUCAUAUUAUUUGUCAACAUUUAAGAAACGCAAACAAUUGGUUUGCACUCUUGUUUCUUCGUUCGAAGUGAUAUUACUUUUGCGUCUAUGUAUACGUUAUUGUCGGUUCUCAUUACCGCCGUUUUUGUUAAUAUCUUCAGUUACCAUUCCAGUAACAAUAACUCUUUAACAUUUUGUUUUUAUUUUUGUAACGAGGAUGCUUUCAUGAACACCAAGACUCGUAUUCAAUGCAAGACGACAUGUAGACUAAAGUAAUUGUUCUUUAGUUGUUAUAUAUAACAUGCAGAUGGUGUUAGACUACAGUAGUUAAAAAUUAUUUCAGAUUUAUGUAAAUAAUAGAUUAUAAAUAAAGUAUAUUCUGUGUGA